AUGGCCGUUACCCACACCGCGUCGGCGAACAUCAAAAAAAAAGUGGAGAAGAAAGAAAGAAACGGAGGGAUUACCGGGCCUCCGAUGAGAAGAGGAUGGAUAGGGCAGCUGUCGAGUGGCGAAAGAAGUACGACAGGAGGCCAGGUUGUGCAGGAGACGAAGAAGAAAACAGCAGGUGUUUUCCCUCUGCUCCUUCUGUCCGCACUUUAG